AUGAAGAUCGACGUACGAGUCAUCGACCUUCGAGACGAUAAGGAACACACGGCGAUUGUCGAAUCAUGGGAAACAGUCAGAACGAUAAAGAAUCUGAUCGAAGACUCGACAGGAGUCCCCGCGGCAGAGCAGCACUACUAUCUUGGAGAUGAACUAAUUGAAGAUUCGAUGCCGGCAGACCAGCUCCGCCUAGCAGCCAAAGCCGCGGGUCGUCUUCCUCCCGACGACAGAGACAAAAGAAAAGUCGUCGAGGUCACGAUGUUUGCCGGUAAAGGACCUGUAGAUUUCGAUGACAUGGUUUACCAGGACGUCAUCAAAAAACUGCGCACUCAUGAGAUUAUUAUGAAGCGUAUUAAUAUCCGGUUACACAAGGACAAUGACGACGAAAAAUACAUUUUCAAUGUCGACGCUUCACUCCUAACUGUUGACAACCUCAAACGGGAUUUGAUCAAGUGCCUUGGUCCGUCAUCCUUUACUGGUUUAACAACUGAUAACAUCUUGCUGUAUGCUCGACAAGUACAGCCGGGGAAACCAUUGGAGGGACUAGAAAUACAAGAAUGUAUCGGUCCUCGGCCAGCUCUCGACGUUGAGGUCUACCCAAUGCACCCGGAAAUGACUCUGCUGUGCAAAGUGAAGAAGUGGGGUUUGAGCACGAAAGAACAGUUUGAAGUCAAAGUGCAGGACCACCUUCUUCUCAAAGAUUUGAAAAAACUGCUAGUGAACCGCCUUCAGAAGUCGGAAAACCCACAGGUCCAACAGAGGAACUAUACAGUGGAGAACCUGAAGUUCAAGCUCAACGGUAAAUCGAUUAACCCAGCCCGCGAAUCACGGCUAAGGCGACGAUAUGGAAUUCCCACUGACGACCUGUGGCUCCGAGCUUUCAAUAUCAAAGAAGGCUCUCACAUUGUCAUUCCCUUGUAG